UGCUCUUCCGACUUUUCGUUGCUCCUACAGCCCUCUACCUAUGUGUAUCAUUUUGGAUCAAGCCGCAGUUUAUUUCUUAUCAUGUUGCCCGAAGUGAUGUGUCCAGCUAGGUUCCGAGUUGUUCGCCAAUAUUGCGAACACGGUGAGACGCUGACACCACCAGGGAAUUGUAAAGGAUGCAUCCACAGCGGGGCUUGCGUAGCAUCCUCUCAUGAGGGGUAGCUAGUGGCGCUGAAGCUAAACUAUGCGCCAUUUCUCACGUUUACGGCACGGCAACAGUGCAUCGACACGACCUAUUGGGUGGUGGUUAGGGCACCACCGACCGGUCAAUUCGUCAGCUGAGACGGAGAUUUGCUUUUUCGUACACAUGUGCAAUCGUCCCUAGGCUUGAUCGAUCGAGUGCAAAAACGUGCUGCUGGCAUUCGGUUCUGAAAGACGACAAGCCUGGCCAAGCCUUGACGGAGAAAUGCUCAAGUUCUUGUGGUGUCACAGCCAAAGCGAGAGGGGGGGCCGGCCCGCAGCGAUAACAAGGAGAUGGAGGGGGCAUCAGGAUGAGAUACGAAGCCACUCCCAGCCUUGGUAGUACCGCAGAUCCAAGACAUGCUAGCCUGGCCAAUCCUACUACACCAUCCCCCAGCCGACUGGGAGGCAACUGAUACAGCAACCCAAAGGCCUGCAGGGCGAUGACGCCGCAUAGCAAAAUGGAAGCCUGCAGUAUCCCCGACGGUGCCGGUGGUCGACAUGGCUUGGCGCUCCCAGUGGCUUUAUAUGGACGGCUAAGUGUGAUGCUAUUGAUCCUGCCGGCUUCUUCUCUCUUUUCUUCCCGCCGACACCCAUCUCGGCUGGUUUGUUAAUCUCGUCCAUUUCGGCUGGUAUUGGUCUGCCGUGAACUGUAGCUCCGGCUCGCAUCUACGCCGCGACAAAGAAACGGCCGCUAUGGACUCGCGCACGAAUCUUGGCGGCGUGGCCGUAGUCCUCCUCGCCGCCCUGCUGGCGUUGUAUCAGACGGGUGCCUGGCCCUCCUGGCCGGCCCCGGCCAACGAGUCGCCGAUGAUCGUGGGGCGGAAAAACACGGUCCUGCUCAUUUUUACCGGCCCCCAUGGCCUCUCCAACGUGCACGUGGCCACGGCCCUCUCGCUCCAACAGCGCCACCCGCAGGCCGAGGUGCACGUCGCCAGCUCCAUGCACGCCAAGGCGAGGGUCGACCGCGUCUCUCGGGGGCCCCGGCCCAUCACGUUUCAUGAGAUCAAGGGCUUCUACUUUGUGAAAUCCCUCCAGGAAUCCAACAUUAGCAUAACCACCCUCACGCACGGCCCGGGGCUCAAGCGCUCGGCGUCCUUGUACGAGAUGAUGCCCCGGGUCAUUUCGCCCUUCUCCGUCGAGGAUCACAUCAGCAUCUACCAGCAGGUGCGUCGACUCAUCGAACAGGUCGACCCGGCCGUCGUCGUCUUGGACAUGCUGUUCCGCCCGGCCAUGGAGGCGGCCCAGGACAUGAACCGCAUGCGGGUGGUGCUGUCGCCCAACGCGCUGUCCGACUUGUUCGCGCGGGAGCAGCCCUACGGGCAGGUGCUCUGGCGGUACCCGGCCUUGACCUCGGGCUUCCCUUUCCCCCUGCCGUGGCGUAAGAUACCCGAGAACCUGGCGAUCCUGGCCAGGCUGGCCUACCACGUCGUCUUCGCGCCCGGCCUGGGGGAGAAGCGCCGGCGGCUGCGCGAGGCCGGCGUGCUGGACCCCCUCAGGCUCAGGCAGAUCCGCCGCGACGACGGCGUGCCCCUCAUCACCCAGGACAUGGAGGGCGCCAUGCUGCCGCUGGCGUACCUCCCGCCCAACGUCACGGCCGUGGGGCCCAUCGCCGUCUCGGUCGCGCCCGCCGCCGAGCAGGACCCGGAGCUCGCGGCCUGGCUCGCCGGCGGCGGCGGCGGGGGGCCCGCGGUGCUGGUCAACCUGGGCAGCUCCGUGCGCUUCUCGGAGCGGCAGGCGCGCGCCGUGGCCGGGGCGCUAGCUGUCGUGCUGGAGAGGGGCCCGCCCGGCACGCGGGUCAUCUGGAAGUUCCGCAAGCUCGAGGUGGCGCCGGGCGAGCCGCAGUACGCCGACGACGUCGUCGAGGGCCCGCUGCGGCGCUUCAUCAACGAGGGCCGCGUCCGGCUGCCGAGCUGGCUCACCGUCGACCCCACGGCGCUGCUGGAGUCAGGCCACGUCGCCGUUUCUGUGCACCAUGGAGGGGCCAAUGUUUUCAAUGAGGCUGUGCUCACUGGAGUACCGCACGUCAUCCUGCCGCUUUGGGGGGACUUGUACAGCUACGCCACGCUGGCCGAGUACGCCGGCCUCGGCAUCUGGGCGAGCAAGCAGUCGGCUCCGGACUGGACCGUCGAGGAGCUCAGCGCCGCCAUCCUGAAGCUCCUGUCCGAGGACGAUCCUUUCACCGUCGCCGCCAGGGCCAAGGCCAAGGCCCUCAGCGCAAAGGCCAAGCUCAGGCUCGGGAGGGAUCACGCAGCCGACAUUAUCGCAGAGAUUGCCGCCAAGGGGUACUGAGAGCUAUAGUGCUCUAUUUGCUACCUGCGACUUUGGACAUGAGUGUUGGGGAUACCUGGUGUUUCGAUAUUUCUGUUGGAGGAAGUCGUUGUAUUACCUCGGCCUGUCCUGUUUUCCAAGUCAUAGUUUACUUAUCCAUCUUGAGGUUUGUGGUUAUAAAGUCGUGUUCUCAUCGCUGCGUUAGUGUCAAAAUACUCACAUCACCCCCUCUUCGUCGCCAUGCUACCAAGCUCCUAGCUGUUAUCUAUGCAACAACACUAGGGCGGG